AUGGUCCCUCGACCCUGCGUGGUCUUCGGUGCCGGUGUGAUCGGCCUUUCAACCGCUCUUGAGCUGAAACGCCGUGAUGCAUCGGCUCGAGUCGUGAUUCUUGUCAAGUAUUUUCCUGGAGACCGAAGCAUCAAGUACUGCUCUCCCUGGGCAGGUGCCAAUUGGCUUUCGACAGCUACAGACAAUGGGCGGAAAGAGGAAUGGGAUGCAGAGACUUAG